AUGAAACCCACGGAUGUAGCAGACACCACCACCCAGGAUGAAAACGUGUACAGUUAUUACUACCACGACGGAAACAUUCCCAAACCUUGCACCAAGGAAGGUAUCAAGGCCUUUGGGGAGCUCUUCCUGCCUCCUCUUUAUUCCUUGGUCUUUCUGUUGGGUCUGUUUGGAAACUCUGUUGUAGUUCUGGUGUUGUUCAAGUACAAGAGACUCAAGUCCAUGACCGACGUGUACCUGCUGAACCUCGCCAUCUCAGAUCUGCUGUUUGUUCUUUCGCUCCCGUUCUGGGCCUACUACGCCGCUGACCAGUGGGUUUUUGGAUUGGGUCUGUGCAAGAUUGUGUCAUGGAUGUACCUGGUGAGCUUUUACAGCGGCAUCUUCUUCAUCAUGCUCAUGAGCAUCGAUAGGUACCUGGCCAUCGUGCACGCGGUGUUUUCCUUGAAAGCGAGGACUCUGACCUAUGGGGUCAUCACCAGCUUGAUCACGUGGUCAGUGGCUGUGUUCGCCUCCCUUCCAGGCCUCUUGUUCAGCACUUGCUACACAGAGCACAAUCACACGUACUGCAAGACCAAGUACUCAGUCAGCUUGACCACCUGGAAGGUCCUCAGCUCCCUGGAGAUCAACGUCCUGGGGCUGGUCAUCCCGCUGGGGAUCAUGCUGUUCUGUUAUUCCAUGAUCAUUCGGACCCUGCAACAUUGCAAGAAUGAGAAGAAGAGCAGGGCAGUCAGGAUGAUCUUUGCUGUGGUGGUCCUCUUCCUCGGCUUCUGGACGCCGUACAACGUGGUGCUUUUCCUGGAGACCCUGGUGGAGCUUGAGGUCCUUCAGGACUGCACCUUGCAGAGGCACCUAGACUAUGCCAUCCAGGCCACAGAGGCCCUGGCCUUCAUCCACUGCUGCCUCAACCCCGUCAUUUACUUCUUUCUCGGGGAGAAAUUCCGAAAGUACAUCGCCCAUCUCUUCAGAACGUGCCGGGGUCCUCUUGUGCUCUGCCAAUACUGUGACUUUCUUCAGAUCUACUCAGCUGACACCCCCAGCUCCUCUUACACGCAGUCCACUGUGGAUCAUGACCUCCGGGACGCUUUGUAA